AUGUCGAAGGCUUUGGAAAGAUCAAGAAAGAGUGCCGAGGCGUUGCAGGAAGCUUUUCGAGUGCUGAAACCAGGAGGCCGUUUCUUGUGUCUGGAAUUCAGCCACGUAAACAAUCCACUCAUUUCAAGACUUUACGACCUUUAUAGUUUCCAGGUGAUUCCUGUAUUGGGGGAGUUGAUCGCUGGAGACUGGAAAUCCUAUCAGUACCUUGUUGAGAGUAUUAGACGCUUCCCAGACCAGGAAGAAUUCAAAGCAAUGAUUGAAGAAGCAGGGUUUCUGAAGGUGAAUUACAUUAACCUGUCUUCGGGAAUUGUUGCGAUUCACUCUGGGUUCAAGCUGUGAGCAGACUAUACUGCUUUCAGAGACCUUAUCAAAGGCAGACAGGGAAAUCAUCUAGAAACGUGCUCCCAUCAGCAGAACAGCAGGAGGCUGUUUUUAAUUUUGGAUGAUGAUGAUGACGACUACAAUGGUUCUCAUUAUUUUCAAUGGGGAUACUGUCAUUUGAUAGCUGAAGAAUAACUGUCAGGGAAUACUCCAGUACUCUUCAGUGCACUAGUGUACGGGAAGCUGAUGUGUGACGUCUUUUAUUUUCUUAUCACACACUUGGAUUCUGACACUUAUUGUGAGAAUUAGUGACAUGAAUGCAGUUGAGAUGUAAUAUUCUGUGGUGAAAAAGUUUGGUAAUCCUUUUCUGUAAUUACAACACUUAAUGCACAUGUGACAUUCCCACAGCACUCCUAAAUUCUUCUCCAUGCCUGCCAUAUCUUUCCAAGUGUUAGUUUUAAUUUAUCUCCAUUUGUGUCUUCAGUUUGCAUUUGGUGUUUCUGUCAGUAUCAGUUUACAGUCUUCGUGCCGUCCUUGCUCUGACUGAGGUACAGGAAUGAGCAAGCCCAGACCGCGUGAUAUAUAUAUAUAUAUAUAUAUUGAUAUAUAUAUGUAAAAUUCUGUAGUGAAAUGCUGAUGUAGACAUUUAACAAGUCUGGCUCUAAAACUGAGCUGCACCUAUUGAGUACAGGAGUUCCAUCAUGGUGGAAUGGAAGCUUUCAUCUGAACUGGAGUCUGUUUAUGAGCUUUCUUGAACACCACUGCAGCAGUGAUGCUUCCCUGAGUGGUGCAGCAUGGUGUGGUUGGCUUGCAGCUGGUGCAGCGCAGUUGGCUUGCGCUGGUGCGGCAUGGCUGGCUUGCGCUGGUGCAGCAUGGCAUAGGCUGGCUUGCACUGCUGCUGUGCGGCGCAGCUGGUUUGUGCUGGUGCAGCACUGUGUGGCUGACUUUUGCUGGUCGAAUUUGGAAUUGCUGGAUAGUGAAGAGCUUUUAGUCCUCUGUUCUUUAUAAAGCUGCCUGCUGCAAUUACUGUUUCUUGUUAUGUGAAACUUCAUGUUCUGGAUCACAGCAGUGUUGUUAAGUUUAACUAUGCAUUAUGUGUACUUAAAUGUAUACUGGAGUGCUUUCAGUCUUCAAGUAAUAUAAAUGUAGAUUUUUGGUG